UGACAAUCUCAUUACCCUAGUCUCCUCCCGGGCCCCACUUCCCAGCCGCACAGGUACGCUCUUCUCCCCCAUUCACAUCCCCGUCCCCUGCGCUCGUGAUCUCGGCGGCGGCGGCGGCGGCUUUCCCACGGUUAUUCUGCAGCACGUUCAAAAUCGUUAAAUGGGGAAGGCAAAGCGUGCAUCAAUUUUUAUCAGGCUCGUUUCAGCAGCCGGAACUGGAUUUUUCUACGUGAAGCGCAAGAAUCCUCGACGGAUCACAGAGAAGCUUGAGUUCAGGAAGUAUGAUCCACGUGUAAACAAGCAUGUUCUGUUUACAGAAGCGAAGAUGAAGUGAGAGCAGUCUUUCUUCGGUGCCCAGACCUCUGUACCGUUCACUUUGGUCUGAAGACAAUGCUACAUUUAUUACCUUGAUAUAGGUUCUAGAAUGUGAUCUUUCAUGUACACAACCCUAAUGUUCAUGUGUUUUAUCUUGCUGGCAGAAAUACAGCAUGAAUUUUCACUUGUCUGCUCCUGCUAGUUUAUUUCAUUACUGAAUUGAGCUGCAAGCCUGCAAAAUUAUUGCCCCGUUUUAGUGUU